UGACAAACUUCAAACACACCAAUGGAGCGAUAUUCAAACAAACCUGUUGCUACUGCUCGGUUUUGUUCCAUUUGUCUGUACAGCAGAUGCUUUUCAGUUUAUUUUCCUUGUUUACAAAGUGUAUUUAAUUCAUGUGUGUCGAUUUAGCUAACGUAGCAGUUUCUUUAUGACAUUGCCUUAGCAUUUAACUUUAGCAGCAGCGUUUUCUGUUACCGAUGAGUGCUAACCGUGUUAGAACUCCGAAAACCUGCAGGAAGAAAUUCCCAGGGACCAGGAGCAGCCUGCAGGUUCCCUUAAAGGCCAGUAAGGUGCUGGCUGAGAGGAACCAGGCAGUGGUGGCGGUUGGAGCCUGGGUGGAGGACGGACAGGAUUUCCGAGAGCACCCGGCUGCGCUCGCUGUACUAACUGAAGAGCUACAAGCACAGAUUAGAAGGGAGAACGAAGACAGCCUGAGGCGGUUUCAAGAUGAAGUACGGCGGCGAGUGGCACAUCAGGCUCACCGCAGCAAGAGACGACAGCAGAAUCACGCGCAUCCCUCGGUCAUAUCUCAUAGAAGAUUCCCAUAUUAUCAGGUGGUGACCCACCAAGAGUUUGACAGUGAGGAGAACAUCCCCUCAGGAAGUGCUGCACAGCACAGCACCUCCCCACGGUCUAGGGACCCUAUGAGGCAGGUCAGACUCAGACUGGCCGCCUGUCGCCUGAUCCAGCAAGAGGAAACGGCGUCAGAUCUUCCAGGGGGCAGAUGGAACAUCUCUCCAACCAGACAUGCGAAUCAGAGAUCUGGUGCUCAGGGGCAGAGAACGGAGCGAGAUGUUCUGGAGGAUGAAGGAGAGGAAGCCAGAGAUCCUCCUUUCUUUGGCAGUCAACAUGAAUGCCCCCUUGUUCAACAGAAGGUGGGCAAACAUGCUUUUUUGGAUCUUGAUGAUUUGCACUCAGAUCACAGUUCUGCUCGAAGCCUAAGUGUCCCAAGGGUUCUCUGGCCAAUGAUGAAUCAAGAAAAAGUAAAAAAGCAGCGUCAGGCUCAGUUUUUGAUACACCGGCGUCAGGCCAUGAGCACAGAACGGGAGCAGGUGAAGGAGAACAAGCAACUCAGGAAACACCUGAAGAGGACGGCAAGGAUCAAAGCAGAGAAAGAAAAGGUUCGUCAGGAGGAGGAGAUGAAACUAGAAAGAGCUCGGAUGCUUGCAGAAGCCAGACAGAGACUUGAGGAGAGAGAGCUGCAGAUUCUGGAGCGUCUGAAGCUGGAAGAGGAGCAGAGAGCCGAGCAGCUGCAAAAGAGGAACAAGGAGGAGCCGAGGAGAGACUCUGCAAGGUUUGUUGAAUCUCUGAGAGCUCAGCUGAAGGAGCGCCUGUCUCAGACAAAGCUGGAGCUGCCUCCUCUCUGCUGCUGUGCCUCCUCUUUUUGGGAUUCCCACCCUGAUACCUGUGCCAACAACUGUUCCUUCCACAACAAUCCCAGAGCAUAUGCCAAAGCUCUACGUUCAGCGCUGGUGAGUUUGGAUCUAAAGUGAACGGAGCUGCAUUGUCUAAUGGAGAUCGCUUCUUUUCAAACACACUAAUCCAAAGUAUCCGAAAGACUAAACCUGGAUUAUUGCAUAUUUACCUUGCAGAAUAAUUAGUUCAAUGUAACUUUCCCCACAUGUUAUUUUAUUGUUUAAUGAAACACUGAUUGGAAAAUUAAGUCCCCACCUUGACUUUUCUGGACUGUUCUGAAUUUUGCUAAUUUUAUUCAUGUAUUUAUUGUAAGUUAUUAGGUUUGUUAAUAUUUGAGCUGUGUGCAGCUAAUGAUUAACAUAACUUAAAAGAAUCAGAAACUCAAUCAGGGAUUUAGUAUCUGUUUAAACUUGAACUCUGCUCUGUUUUAUUGGGCAGGUUUACAAGAUUUGACCUGUACUGCUGUUUUUUUUCCAUCUCUUUCAAAGAAGUAUUAAAAAUAACAUCUCACAUG